CUCUCGUGCUCUCUCAUCUUUUAAUCUUUCACUUUCUCUCUCUAAAACUCUCAUUUCUCUCUCUCUCUCUCUCUCCGAUCAAACAAAUCAAUCGACAGUACGCCUUUUUCAUAUCACUCAAUUCAAUUCCUUUCUCCGAUCCAUUCCCUGUCAAUUUUCUAGAUUAUUAUUCUACUUUCCAAUUCCAUUCCAUGGAUCACGUUAAGGGCGGCGGCGCGUACAAGAGCGUCGCUCAGCAGCAAGCGGAGGACGAUGCCGACCUCCGGCGAGGCCCGUGGACCGUCGAGGAAGACUUCACGCUCAUCAACUACAUCGCUCACCACGGCGAGGGCCGCUGGAACUCCCUCGCGCGCUGUGCCGGUCUGAAGCGUACCGGAAAAAGUUGCAGAUUACGGUGGCUAAACUAUCUCCGGCCGGACGUCCGGCGUGGGAACAUCACUCUAGAGGAGCAGCUCCUUAUUCUCGAACUGCAUUCUCGUUGGGGCAAUCGGUGGUCGAAAAUAGCACAACAUUUGCCGGGGAGGACCGACAAUGAGAUUAAGAAUUACUGGAGGACUAGAGUGCAAAAACACGCAAAGCAGCUGAAAUGUGACGUGAACAGCAAGCAAUUCAAGGACACCAUGCGCUAUCUAUGGAUGCCGCGCCUAAUGGAGAGAAUUCAGGCCGCCGCCGCAAACGCCGCCGUCUCCUCCUCCACCACCACCUCCGCAAACUCCGACGGCGCCGCCGCCUACAUCCACAACCCCCUCGACAUCUCCGCCACGUCAGACCCCGCCCCGCCGGGGAUGCAACAACACCCCAAUACCGUCGCCCCAACCAUCCCCGAUUACAACGCCGCCGCCGCCGCCGCCGUCAACUUCCCCUCCGACAACUCCUCCACCGCCGCCUCCUCCGACUCCUUCUCCGACCUCACCGACUGCUGCGGCUACAACUUCCACGUCACUCAAGGCGCCAACCACGACUACUAUCAACCAAACAAUAACAAUCACUUCGGUUACGGAGAAUCCUUAACCAGCCCCACCGGAUUCUUUAACCCGAACCUAGACUUCCAAAUGAUGGACAACAAUAACAACAACAACCAGUGGAUGGACGGCGCCGAUGUCGUCUCCGACAACCUAUGGAACGUCGAAGACAUGUGGUUCUUCCAACAACAAUUCAACAACAACAACAACAAUAGCCACCCUUGAAUGAAAGCUACUCAUCAUAGUUCGAUGUGAUACAGACACAACAAAAAUACAGAUGAAGAUGAUAUAUGAGGUCGGAGAUCAGACGAUACACACAACCAAACAAAAAAAAAUUAGCUAGUAUGGUCAAUUAGAACACAUGGCCGGUGUAGAAUUUGUGGAGAGACACAGGUCUAAUUUAUUUAUUGUGGAUUUUUAAUUUUUAAUUGUAAUUUUAAUUUUAAUUUUAAUCAGGGUUGUAUUUUUUUUUUC